AUGCUCAACCUGGAAGUGCUCGCUCUACAAACAUUGUCUCUAAUUUUAUUUCUGCCUGGCAACACAAUAUCUUCUCUAUAUACAACAAGUUGGAGAGCUAUGAGCAAGUGGUGGAUGGCAUGGAGCUUCAAUCCACGGUUUGAUGGUCUCAAAAUUGGUGUGACCGUCACACAAAUUAGGUUCGAUUUGCCAGUGUGCUAUGAAAGAAGAGGGAAAGUAAUACUUGGAGGGACUAUGAAAGAAGAACCACCAAAGAGCCAGGGAGGAGGGGGCCACAAAGGAGGCCAGGGAGGGACCAUGAAAGAAGGCUGGAGAGGCUUCUGA